GCCCAGUAGUGUGAACUGUGAAGAGAGUGAACUGAUUUUUUUUUUUUUAAAGUUCUCUCUCAGAUUUAACAAAAUCGAGCCGACACUUUCCCAAUUGAACUGAAUCUACUGAAAUCGAUUCACGAGAGCUCAGAUUUGGUGUUAGCAUCACUCACUAAGCAAGAUUAUUGAGUUGUAAUUAGUAUUUGAGAUCAAGAUGAAGGAGGACGAUGCAUUGCCGACGACGACGACGACUGGUACGGCGACGGGAACAGCUAUGGCGAAUUCGAAGAAGGAAAGCUCUGACUCGGUCUUGUUUGGAAGAGGUCGAUAUAAGUUCUGGGCGUUUGCUGCGAUUUUGCUUUUGGCUUUUUGGUCGAUGUUUACUGGCACCGUCACUCUCCGGUUAUCUACCGGGAAUCUGAACCGGUUAUCGGAAGAUCUAGGGAUUCCGAACUACGAUAAUCUCGACGUUCUGGAAAUGGAGGAGAGAGAGAAAGUGGUGAAGCAUAUGUGGGAUGUGUAUACUAAUAGUCGUCGGAUCAAAUUGCCUAGAUUUUGGCAAGAGGCUUUUGUUGCUGCUUAUGAAGAACUCACUAGUGAUGUGCCUGGGGUUAGAGAAGCUGCUAUUGGUGAAAUCGCCAAGAUGUCGGCGCGGUCGAUCACUCUUGAUCCACCUCCUUCUAGAUCAAUGAGUGCAAGGGAUUUGGGAAGAAACUUGAAGAGAAUUCUACACAAGCCAGCAGCUAGUAGCUGAUAAUGAUAUUGGUAACAUAUGUCUACUACUUGCUGAAGCCAAAAGAUGAACUACCAAAUGGAUAGAUUUCAUUUUGGGACUAAAAUUCAAUUUUCGAAAUCAAAUUGCUCUUUUUACAUUCUAUCGUUGGUAAUUAUAUAGAGCUACUUUUAUAAAUAUAUGUAGAAGCAAAUGGAACCUUAUGACUUUACACGAAAAAGCAAUGGAUCCCUUAUGAUAUAUUUCUUCUUCUGAUAUCUUCAAAACUUGGG